CGGGUCUUCACGAUGCCGCCGCCGCCACACGACAUCGCACAUCCGCUCUUCUCCCUCCCCUCGCUCUCGGCGGUCGACGUCCGCUCCCCUGGUGCCAUCGCUUGUGCCUGGCUCCCGCCAUCGCUGGCUCCCCGAUGGACCUCACGGCUAGUGUGGGGCCAUGGAUCCCCGACGGAUCGAGGGUCGCGCCGCCUCAUGAGAAAAUUCAUCUUUCUGGCUCGAACAGAAAAUACCUGAAGCUUCAAUUUGACGUCGUGUAGCAAUGAAUGCGUGCAAGGAAUGCUCUUUUACAUGUUGAGAAUGAAGAAAAAUUAGAUGUCGUGGAGGCAUCCCAAAACAUGUACUUUCCAUUUUGCACAUUUUAGUCCAAGGUUCAAUACAAACUUUCUCAGAAAACUAUCUCAAACACUACUAAUCGUUGUUGGUCUGCAGGGUUUCAAAUUAGGACUUAGCUAUUUUUCCAUCAGCCUGAAACAGCCUAAUAAUCUUACUUUGAUCCCUUGGGAAAAAAUGUUCUUAUUAUUUUGAGUUUUUGACCUAUAGUCAGGUCUAGAACAUACCCCUGACAUCACACUACUAAUCUGGGACAAAAAUAUGUAGUUCUCCAAAAGAAAAUUGUUUCUAAUCCUGCCUUGAAAAUGUUUGCUGAAAUACUAUUUGGUAAAGUUGCUGAAAUACUGUUUAUGUAUAUUUCUCUUUCAAAUUAUUAUAAUUUGGAUGCGCUCCUUGUUUGAGUGCUCCAAAUCUGAAAACCAAGAAGGUAAGAAAAUGUAAAGGCAUUGGUCCAAUCAGUAAUUCCAGGCAUAUUUAGGGCACAUGCAUUUAGGAGUCCAAGUGUCCAACAUUGCUAGAUCAAUAAGAAAUAAAGAUUGAUGAUUUGAAAAAAACUGAAGUAGCUUAAAUAAAUUGUUUGAUUGACAAAUUCAGAUAGCUGUACCUUUGAACUUCCUCUUACUUGGAGGACUUUCAGUGUUUCUUCUAUCUGCAGGAAUGUCCUCAGGAGGCUUGGAGCCUUCAUGCUGGUCAAUCUUCCCAAGAAGAAAGGUGUAUUGAGACUUCAAAUGCUUGUAGUUUGUCUUCGGCUGAGUGUAAUCGUCAAUUUAUUCUUACUGUUUUCUAUAAACCUAUGUCUGUGGUCGUAAGAAAGAAGGUAGCUACAACAGAAAUAUGUAAUAGAAUAAUGUUCGUACUUCGUAACACGCUAUUUCUUAUAUGCUGACAUGCUAUUGUGGCUAUUGUGUUGUUGCAGCUGCAGCCGAAACAGUAGCCAGCUGAACAUGCUGACAUGUUAUUGCGGGUGGUCAAGGCUCAGGAUUCAGAGCAGAAGAUACACAUAAAUACUGGUGAAUGAUGCCAUCGACGAUGAUGAACUGAUCAAACGAUGGAUGAUGCCAUCGAUGAAAGAUGGAAUGGAACUCAAAUUUGGGUGGUCGCACAAGUGUGGAGACUUGAAUUUAUAUAUACUUAGUCUCAAUGUUAGCACAAACAGUUGAUGAGCAAGUUUUCCCAUUGUAUUUUAGUUUGAAUUUAGAGUACACUUAUGUAAGAGUUAUUUGACAAUGCUUAUUUAUGAGAUAUUGAAUG